CCUCCCUCUAAAUUUCCGCUGGAAAAAUCAUAUCAUUGCAAUCGUCUUCGCUGUUCAAUCUCUCUCUCUCUCUCUCAAAGAAGAAAAGCGCGUCCGUCACCUGCUCAGGCGAAAAAUCUUCUUUCUCCGGCUGAAGCGACCACCACCGUCCACCCACCGAUCUGCGCGUUUGAUUUUGGAGGACGAUGAGCGAUCACGUGGUGCUGUCCGUGGACCGGCUCGUGCGGCCGGUGCCGGCGAGGGAUGAGGCCGAGGCUUCGUCGUCGUCGUCGUCGAGCGGGGGCGGCGAUGCGGCCGAGGUGGAGGGGAAUGAGGCGGAGCCUCUGAUUCAGACGGCCGAGUGUCGCAUUUGCCAGGAUGAGGACAGCGUGAGCAACUUGGAGUCUCCCUGUGCCUGCAGCGGCAGUCUCAAGUAUGCUCAUAGGAAGUGUGUCCAGCACUGGUGCAACGAGAAAGGCGAUAUAACAUGUGAGAUUUGUCAUAAGCAAUUUCAGCCCAAUUAUACUGCCCCACCUCGUCCACCUGAAGACGCCACAAUCGAUAUUGGUGAAGUCUGGACAAUAUCUGGAGCUUCACUGGACCUGCGAGAUCCUCGUCUCGCACUUGCAGAGGCAGAGCGUCACUUUUUGGAAACUGAUUAUGAUGAGUAUGCUGCCUCAAAUGCCAGUGGAGCUGCAUUCUGCCGCUCAGCUGCUUUAAUUUUAAUGGCCCUUCUGCUUCUGCGGCAUGCAUUGACCAUUCCCGAUGAUGAUGGUGGAGAUGACAAUGCAUCGGUUUAUUUCUCUCUCUUCUUACUCCGGGCUGCUGGCUUUCUUUUGCCCUGCUACAUAAUGGCGUGGGCUAUCAGUAUCUUGCAGCGCCGCAGGCAGAGACAGGAGGCUGCAGCAUUGGCAGCAAGGCAAGUUGCUUUUGUACUCCAAUCCGGCCAACAUAGGGGACUGCAUUUCACGAUAGCACCAGUAACCCCAGUAACGGCUCAUGAAGAACCUCUUUGAUCUGUAUUGUGAAUUGCGGCACUAUUGGCUUCCAAUUCACGUGCAGUGAAGAAUGUAAAGGAGCUUCUCCAUCCCAUCGAAUGUGUAUGCAUAUGUUUUUCACUAAUUUCUGGAAGUGAUUAUAUACUGGGAAAGCCCUGUUAGAUACGAUGCCUCUCUCGGUUUCUCCUCCUUGUAAUUAUACUUUUUUAUUUUGCAUUGUUUUGGCAUCAGCCUUUAGUGGUUCAUGGAAAACUUCUCAGGUUGUGUACCAAAAUAUUGGUUUCCCAUUGACGAGGCAUCCAUUUCUUUA